CAACCCGCACCUCCAUCCCACCCAAACACCCCCACUCAAUUAGUUUCAUGGAGCCCAAGUAAUUAACAAAGAGAAAGUAAAAAGGGAAAUAAAAAUAAAAACAUAUAUGACCCAUUUGGAUCUGCUUCCCAUCGUGCCUACCCCUCAAAAAUACUUUUUUAUUUUUUGUGUGUGUGUUUCUGAGAGUUGUUCUCAACCAUGAGAAUAAGGAAGCAUGCCAAAAUCUCCCCGCCACUCUAUACUUGUGCUGUAUUCCCCGGUGCCCACCUUUGUCAGCUCAAUCAAUCUCCAUGGGAUGUCAUCACAUUCCACGACGAUAACAACCAAGAAGAUAAUAUUAAUCAGCAGACUCCACUUCCUCCUCCGGCACCACCAUCUUCUUAUCAGGUCAGUUUAAUGAAUAAAUCUCCUUUUUCUUCUUACCCUUUUACCAGAUCUAUUCAAUAACUCCCAUUUCAUUUCUUCAAUGUCCCUUCAUUUUUCUGCUUGUCGUUUUAGGGUUUAGUUUUACUUACAGCACCACAUUAGGGUUCCUCAAUGAAUGUCAAUCCAACCAUUUCUCUCGUUUAUUUGGCCUUCUAUCUUCGAUUUGUUUCACUGUUUAUCCCUAUUUUCCACUGCACAGCUUUUAUUCUUUCAAGAAAUGAACUUCUUUUUGUUUCUGAUUUCAUUUGCUGCUGUUGGAUGGAGCUGUUGGAUGGAUAUGAUACCUGUGCUGUAAAUGAGACCUUUUCUGAUUCUAAACAGAGCAUCACGUCAUUGAAACUGGACGAUAAUGGGGAGACGAAAAGGCUGAAUUUCUUAGACAAUAAAGUCGCUGAUGUGCCUGCUGAUUCUAACGAUUUCGAGAAAGACGAGAAGAUGGGAGAUGGAGAUAACAGUGUUACAACAAUGUGCGUCAAGAAUGACGGGAAGGGAUGGCAAUGCAGUAGAGAGGCAAAAAGAGGGCAUAAUUUAUGUGAGCACCAUUUUGCUCAAGGGAAAAAGCAUUGCAGUAGCAACCACUCAGCUCAAUAUUCUACUACUGCUCUUGUUGCUGCUGGUGUUAACUCCAACACCGAAAUUAAGCAAACUGCGGUGGCAGCAGCCGAGAUAACUCCGAGUUCCCGCGACCGCCCUCAUCGUACUAAGAAAUCAUUGUCUUCCGAAUAUUACUAUUAUUCUGGUUUUGGUCCUUUAUGGGGCAAGAAAAGAGGUCCUUCGACUGGGAAGAAGAAUAAUACAGCACCACCCCUAGCAGGAGCAGCUGAAAUCUACUCUAGUCAUGACAGUACUACUCAAGGGGGACAAUCUUCAUCUCCUCAAAUGGAUAAUGAAGGAGCUGAGCACGUUGAAGAUGAGGAUGAUGAUGCUGAAGAAGUUGAAAACUGUAAGCUGAUCAAAAGAGCCCGUAAGCCCAUCAAAGCCAGUUCACUCAAAUCUCUAAUGUGAAAUUCUCAAUGGCAAUUUCUAGCUAGCUAGUGUAUGUAAUGUUUUUUGGUCGACAUGCGUUGUUAUUAUUAUCGUAGAAUGUAGUUAGUUUUGGGCAUGCUAGAUUUUUGUUUACUUAGAAAAAAAAAACCAGAUGAUUUCGGUUUCAUGGUGCUAGUACUGUAGGUGACAUUAAAGCUAAACAGUGUAGCCUUGGCAUGUGCAGAAGAAUAUGUAGACGUUUGUGUUGGAUUGGACAAAUCUAAACAAGGAUAAAACUGUAAUUUACACGGUCA